GACUAAGGAAGCACAAUGGUUGCAGGAAUGGUAAUGCCCCUGGACAACCUGAAGGCCAUCUAUGAGCAGCUGUUUCGGGAUGGCGUCAUGGUGGCCAAAAAAGACAAACGGCCUCAGACCAAGCACCCUGAGAUUCCUAGUGUGGAUAACCUGCAGGUGAUAAGAGCCAUGGGUUCACUGAAGUCCAGGGGGUUUGUAAGGGAGACCUUUGCAUGGAGGCAUUACUACUGGUACCUUACUAAUGAAGGGAUUGUCUAUUUGCGUGAUUACCUGCAUUUGCCUCCAGAGAUCGUUCCCACACCUCUACAGAGAGUACGACAGCCAGCUGCCACUCUGGCCAUCACCCGCAGGGCAGAACAUGUUCAAGCUGUUCAGGGCCCAACUUCUUAUGUUCCUAAACCCGGCAAGAUGGGUUCAGAAAAGCAGGAGGCUUUGCUUGAUCGACAGGAGUACCGUCGCAAAAUGGCGAGCGUGGAUGAGGCUGAAAUGAUUGAAUACAGGGAGAGAACACCAAGAUUUAGAGGUCGUCCAAUGGCUAGCUCUCAGAUCAAGCCCAAAGGAUCAUGGGAAUCCAAAAAGCAGCCCAUGCUUUCUGAUACUCACGAUUACACCAAACAGAUUAAACCAAGUGUGAAGAGGAAGGUCGCUGUGCAUUCCGUCUGCCAUACGCCUCCGAUUGAAACUUACCAUGCCAAGCCAGUUGAACAGGAAAAGAUGGUGGAACUCAAAGAAUGCACCAAGACAGCAUUCGCUCAGAAAACGGUUAAUGUGAGCCCAGAUGUGUCAACUAUUUUUUCAAAAGUGGGUAAAACAGCAGCAGAAUCAACAUCCACAGCAACUGGCGAGAGAAAAAUAGCUAAGGAUGCUCAUCAUCCUACUACCUCAAAACUGAAGGUGGAGAAAAAACAGAAAACUUUUGUGACAAAAAAUGUGCGGGAUGUGCCAGCUGUUUCAUCAGUGGAGAGAACAAUUGCAGUGGAAUCCUCUCUAUAUUCUGUUCAUACUAAAGCAGUCAAAGAAAAGCCCAAGGAAGAGGUAGUCUUCCAGCAAACCUCAUCCACUGUAACAGCUAAAGAUGCUGCUCGAUCUACUCCCUCAAAACCAAAGGUGGAGGAAAGACAGAAAAGUACUGUGGCCAGAAAUGUGCAGGAUGUUUCAUCAACAUCAGGUGCAACAUCAGACGAAUCCUCUGUGUCAUCGGUUCCUGCUGAAGCAGCAAAACAAAAGUCCGAAGAAGAGGUGUUAAUUAAGGUCUCUAAGAAAACCACAUCCACAGUAGCAGAUAAUAGCAAAAUGGCUGAAGAUGCACUUUAUCCUAUUUCAUCAGAACUGAAGUUGGAGAAAACACACCAAUCCUUGAUGACAAAAAAUGUGUCAGCUGUUUCAUCAGCAGUGGAAUUAUCUGUCUCUACUGAAGAAGUGUGUGUCAAUGUCCCCCAGGAAACCACACCCACAAUUGAUUGCAAAAUAGAUAAGGAUGCUACUUGUCCUACAGAGUCAAAACCUAAGGUGGAGAUAACACACCAAGCCCCUGCGACCGAAAAUAUACAGCAUGUGCCUAUUGCUUCAUCAGCAGUAGAGACAACUGCAGUGAAAUCCUCUGUCUCUACUGAAGCAGUAAAAGAAAAGCCAAAGGAAAAAGUGUAUAUCAAGGUCUCUCAAGCCGCAUUCACAGGUGAUAGCAAAAGAGAUAAGAAUGCUCCUCAUCUCACUGCAUCGAAAACAAAAGUGGAGAAAACACAGAAAACCACAAAGUCCAAAAAUGUGCAGGAUGUAUCAAAUGUUUCGCCAAAAGCAGUGGAAUCCUCUGUAUUUCCUGUGUCUGCUGAAGCAGUCAAAGAAAAGUCCACAGAAGAGGUGUUUAUGAAAGUCUCCCAGGAAACCACAUUCGCAGUUACUGGAGAUAACAAAAUGGCUAAGGAUGCUUCUCAUCCUACACCGAAGGUGGAGAAAACACAAAAAAAUAGAAAUGUGCAGGAUGAGCCAGCUGUUUCAUCAGCAGUAAAGACAACUGCAGUAAAAUCCUCAAUCUCUACUGAUGCAGACACAGAAAAGCCUAAGGAAGAAAUGCAUGUCAGUGUCUCUCAAGAUAUAGCAUCCAAAGGUGAUAGCAAAAAGGAUAAGAAUGCUCCUUGUUUUGCUCCAUUAAAACCAAAAGUGGAGAAAAAGCAGACAACCACAAAGACAAAAAAUGUGCAAGAAAACCCAAUCAAGAAUGAAAAAGCAGAUGUUACAAAUGCCAUUCAUGCUGAUGAGAUGACGCCAUCUACCUCCAUUAGUGCCCGGGUGUCUCUCAAAUCUGUAGAAUCAGCAAUCCCACUUCUGCCUAAAAAGGACAAAGAUUUGGCAAUACACAUUGCUGAAAAGAAAUCCAAGAUUAAUCUGCCACUGCACCCUUCUGAGCUUCCUGUAGAGGAGACAGCAGUGCCGCCUACAGCAUCUAGCACUGUUAAAAUGAUUGACAAACAGCAGAGAGCACUUGAUUCCCAAAAAACAAAGGAAAUCCAAGAAGCAUCUAAAGAUGACAAAACUAGUCUGUUGAAAGUUCAUGAAAAGGUGGAGAUUCCUUGUGCCAUUUCUACUGCCGAGGUCAAGAUGGAGGUUAAAGUUCACAAGCCUGAUCAUGAAUCUCAGCCCCCAUCUAUAGCUGCUAAUGUAAAGAUAAAUACAGCUCACUCCAGCAAGAUUUCACAAGUAGUUGUGCAAAUGCCUAAGAAACUUGAUUCUAAUACAGAUUCUGAUUCUGUUAAACAAAAGCCAUCACCAGCAAAACUAACUGAAGAACCUGUAGUCACAGGAGAGGCUACAGCUGCAAAAGAUGGAGAUACAGAGGAUGCCCCAAAGCCUUCAAAACAAAAGAAGAAAAAGAAGAAAUCUGCAAACAAAACUUCAGCUGUAAAACCAGUCCCACCGCCUAUAGCUGAGACAAAGGUGAUAGAGGUAAAGGCAAAGAAUGCUCGUCAGGUUGACCUUCUUAAGAUUGAGGGCCCUGAGAAAGUUGCAACAAAUGAUUCUGCAAAGACAUGCCCUGAAGGAACGCACACUUUGGAGAGCGCGCAGCCAACAGCUGUACAGAAUGAGGCCCCGACUCACAAAGGGGAGGUGGAGCCUGCGCAGCCCUUGCCUGAAAAAGGGGAGGUUCUGGAAGGAAAAAGCUCCUCCUCGAAGGGACAGUGGGGAGCACCGGCAGCAUCAGCGUCAGCAGCAGCAGCAGCCUCGGCCCAGCUAACCCCUCUCCCCGAGCAGGGGGAACCUCCCAGCGUUUUACAACACACGCCUGCUCAGGACACACAGCAGAGCACAGAGAAACAUAGCAGGCUCUCAGAUAACAAGGCCCCUGCACAGCCUGUCAUCACUGGAUCUCUUCCUGCUGAUGAGAAUACCUGUGAUGCACAAGCGCAGUCCGUAGACGCCAUGCGGAAGAAGAUCGUUGUGGUAGAGGAAGUGAUUGAAGUGCAACAGAUUGCCAGUCCUGUUGCGGGCCAACCUGUUACGCCCCCAGUGCCAGAGAUUGCAGGAGAUGAGUUGGACUAUGAUGUCUUGGAAGAACUGGCCAUAGAGCGUGGCCUCCUGCAGGGUGCCAUUGAAGAGCCUUCUACGGAUCAUUUGCUCCAAGAGCCAGAGGAAAAAACCUUCCCCAACUUCAUAGAAGAUGAACGGGACAAAGUGCAGAAGAAGACUUUCACAAAAUGGGUGAACAAACACUUAAUAAAGACCCAGCGUCACGUGAAUGACCUGUAUGAAGAUCUCCGAGAUGGACAUAACCUGAUCUCCCUUCUGGAGGUCCUCUCCGGAGAGACGCUGCCUCGUGAGAGAGGACGCAUGCGAUUCCACAAACUGCAGAAUGUGCAGAUAGCACUGGAUUUCCUCAGACACCGGCAGGUGAAGCUGGUGAACAUCAGGAACGAUGACAUUGCCGACGGGAACCCAAAGCUGACAUUGGGUCUCAUAUGGACCAUCAUCCUCCACUUCCAGAUUUCAGAUAUCCAGGUGAACGGUCAGUCAGAUGAUAUGUCAGCGAAGGAGAAGCUGCUUCUCUGGUCUCAGCGGAUGGUGGAGGGUUACUCUGGUGUCCGCUGCGAUAACUUCACCACUAGCUGGAGGGACGGAAAGCUCUUCAACGCUGUUAUACACAAACACGAGCCCAGGCUUAUCGACAUGGGGAAGGUAUACCGCCAGUCCAACCUGGAGAACCUGGAACAGGCUUUUUCAGUGGCAGAGAGAGAACUUGGGGUCACACGACUGCUUGACCCAGAGGAUGUGGAUGUGCCUCAUCCUGAUGAGAAGUCCAUCAUCACCUAUGUGUCCUCCCUUUACGACGCUAUGCCCCGUGUCCCAGAUGUCCAGGACGGCGCCAAAGUCAAUGAGCUGGAGCUGCACUGGCAGGAGUAUUAUGAGCUGGUCACCGUUCUUCUCCAGUGGAUCAGACAUCAUGUACUCAUCUUUGAGGAGAGGAAGUUUCCCAGCAGCUAUGAGGAGAUCGAGAUUCUGUGGUGUCAGUUUCUGAAAUUUAAAGAAACAGAGCUUCCCGCCAAAGAGUCAGACAAGAGCCACUCCAAACACCUCUACCAGUCCUUUGAGAGUGCGGUUCAUUCUGGUCAGAUCAAGUUUCCUCCCGGUUACCAUCCCCUUGACCUUGAGAAGGAAUGGGGACGUCUACAUGUGGCUAUUCUGGAGAGGGAGAGACUGCUCCGAAUAGAGUUUGAGAGGUUAGAGCGUCUCCAGCAGAUCAUCAGAAAAGUGCAGGUGGAAUCAGGCUUGUGUGAAGAACAGCUCAAGCAUACUGAGUCUCUGCUGCAGAUGGAUAUCCGUCUCCUAAAUGCCAGGAAACCAGCGCAGCACACGGUUGAGGUGGAGAGGGAUCUGGACAAAGCCGACGGCAUGAUCCGGCUCCUCUUUAAUGACGUUCAGCUGCUCAAAGACGGGCGUCACCUGCAGGCUGAGCAGAUGUAUCGCAGGGUCUACCACUUACACGAGCGCUUGGUGAACCUGCGCAGCGACUACAACCUGAGGCUCAAGUCCAGCGUCAGCACUACCUCUCACGUCUCCAUCACAUCCCAGGAGACUGUGCAGCGCUCCCGGCCCGAGCUGGAUGAGGUCACCCUGCGUUACGCGCAGGACCUGUUAUCCUGGGUGGAGGAGAACCAGCGGCGGAUCGAUACGGCCGAGUGGGGCAUCGAUCUUCCCUCUGUGGAGUCUCAGCUGGGCAGCCACAGAGGACUUCACCAAACCAUCGAGGACUUCAGGGCUAAGAUCGAGCGCGCACGAACAGAUGAGAGCCAGCUCUCUCCUCUUAGUAAAGGCACAUACAGAGACUAUCUGGGCAAACUGGAUCUGCAGUACAACAGACUGCUGAACUCCUCCAAGUCCCGUCUGAGAAACCUUGACCUGCUGUAUAACUUCGUCAACGCCGCCACCAAGGAACUGAUGUGGCUCAAUGACAAAGAGGAAGAGGAGAUCAACUACGACUGGAGCGAGCGCAACACCAACAUGGCUGCGAAGAAAGAGAACUACUCAGGACUCAUGCGAGAACUGGAACUUAGAGAGAAGAAAAUCAAUGACAUCCAGGCCACUGGAGACAGACUCGUCAAAGAUGGACAUCCGGGCAAGAAGACUGUCGAGGCCUUCACCGCAGCUCUGCAGACGCAGUGGAGCUGGAUCCUCCAGGUGUGCUGUUGCAUUGAAACUCAUCUCAGAGAAAACACUGCAUACUUCCAGUUCUUCGCUGAUGUGAGAGAUGCUGAGGAGAGGAUGAAGAAGAUGCAGGAGACCAUGAAGAAGAAGUACAUGUGUGACCGCAGCACCACUUCCACUCGUCUGGAGGAUCUACUGCAGGACGCUGUCGAGGAAAGAGAGCAGCUGAACGAGUUCAAGUCUGACAUCGCUGGCCUGAACAAGAGAGCCAAGUCCAUCGUCCAGCUGAAGCCACGGGACCCCACCAGCCCCUCCAGAGGAAAGCUGCCCAUCCAAGCUGUGUGUGACUUCAAACAGAUGGAGAUCACCAUGCACAAGGGCGACGAGUGUGCGCUCAUCAAUAACUCCCAGCCCUUCAGGUGGAAGGUCCUGAACCGCUCGGGGAACGAGGCUGUGGUGCCGUCCAUCUGCUUCCUCGUGCCCCCCGUCAACAAGGAGGCUGUGGAGAGCGUGUCCAGUCUGGAGGCCGGUCACCAGCAGACUCUGGCUCUGUGGCAGACGGUUCACGCUGACCUCAGGAGUCUGCUGUCCUGGCAGUACCUGAUGAAAGACAUCCAUCUCAUCCGCUCCUGGAACAUCACCACGUUCAAGACGAUGAAGUCAGACGAGUACCAGCUGAUGCUGAGGAACCUCCAGCUGCACUAUCAGGACUUCCUCAAAGACUCCCAGGACUCCAAGCUGUUCGACUCCAGUGAUAACCUGCAGGUGGAGAGGGACUAUAAGGAGACCGUACAGCUUUAUGACAGCCUGCUCCGUACCCUGGAGAAAGGAGCAGCUGUCAGAGCGCAGGGUGAGCAGGAUGAAUCCAUAUGCAAGUCAUACAUCACCCAAGUCAAAAGCCUGCGGCUGCAGAUUGAAGACUGUGAGUCUCGUACGGUGACCCGUAUCCGGCAACCUGUGGAUAAAGAUCCGCUCCGAGACUGCAUUCAGAAAACUGGUGACCAGAAAAAAGUGCAAAUAGAGUUGGAAGGAAUUAAGAAGAACCUGGACCGAGUGUCUCAGAAAGCUGAGGAGGUGCUGUCCUCACCGCAGCAGUCCAGCACUCCAGUCCUGCGCUCAGAGCUGGACAUCACCCUGCAGAAGAUGGACCAAACCUACAACCUGUCCUCAGUCUACCUGGAGAAACUUAAGACAAUAGAAAUCGUGAUCCGGAAUACACAAGGAGCAGAGGAUGUGGUGAAGAAAUAUGAGAAUGGUCUGCGUGAGGUUCACACGGUUCCUACAAACGUCAAGGAGGUGGAGAACUACUGCUCUGAGCUCAAGCGAAUGCGUUCGGAGGCAGAAACCCAGCGGCCUGUGUUUGAUGACAUGGAGAGUGAGCUGGCCAAGGCCACGGCAGUCAGUCAUCGCAUGCUUCAGGUUCAUUGCGAGCGGGAUGCUGAGCUGGAUCACUACCGGCAGCUCCUGGGCAGCCUCCAGGACCGCUGGCGCGCCAUAUUCGCUCAGAUCGACCUACGGAACCGCGAGCUUGAGCAGCUGGGCCGGCAGCUGGGCUACUACAGGGAGAGCUACGACUGGCUCAUCCGCUGGAUCGCAGACGCCAAACAGCGGCAGGAGAAGAUCCAGGCCGUGCCUAUAAUCGACAGCAAGACGCUCAAAGAACAACUGGCACAGGAGAAGAAACUGCUUGAAGAGAUUGAGAAAAACAAAGAUAAAGUUGAUGAAUGCCAGAAAUAUGCCAAAGCUUACAUUGAUACCAUUAAGGACUAUGAACUUCAGUUGGUUGCCUACAAAGCUCAGGUAGAACCUCUGACUUCUCCUUUGAAGAAAACCAAGAUGGAGUCUGCCUCUGAUAACGUCAUUCAAGAGUAUGUCACUCUGAGAACUCGCUAUAGUGAGCUGAUGACACUGACCAGUCAGUACAUCAAGUUCAUCACAGACACGCAGCGGCGCAUCGAGGACGAAGAGAAAGCUGCUGAGAAACUAAAAGCAGAAGAGAGGAAAAAAUUUGCUGAGAUGCAGGCAGAGUUAGAGAAACAGAAGCAGCUAGCUGAAGCUCAUGCCAAGGCCAUUGCCAAAGCGGAGAAAGAGGCACAGGAGCUCAAGCUCAUGAUGCAAGAGGAGGUUAGCAAACGAGAGAUUGUUGCUGUGGAUGCUGAAAGGCAAAAACAGAACAUCCAGCUGGAGCUUCACGAGCUCAAAAACAUCUCUGAACAACAGAUGAAAUCAAAGAGCCAACAAGUGGAGGAGGCUUUACAAAGCCGGGUCAAGAUAGAGGAAGAGAUCCGCAUCAUAAGACUUCAACUAGAAACUACACUGAAGCAAAAGUCCACUGCAGAGGAUGAGCUGAGGCAACUUAGAGACAAGGCUGCUGAGGCAGAGAGACUUCGUAAAGCUGCUCAUGAAGAGGCUGAGAAACUUCGUAAACAGGUUAACGAGGAGACCCAGAAGAAGCGGAUGGCGGAGGAAGAGUUAAAGCUGAAGUCUGAAGCAGAAAGAGAGGCUGCCAGGCAGAAGCAGAAAGCCCUGGAUGACCUUGCGAAGCACAAGAUGCAAGCAGAGGAGGCAGAAAGACACAUGAAGCAUGCUGAGAUUGAGAAAGCCAGACAAAUCAAGCUCGCUCAAGAUGCAGCUCUGAAAAGUGCUGCUGCUGAGUUGCAGAGCAAGCGCAUGUCCUAUGUUGAAAAGACAUCUAAACUUGAGGAGUCACUCCGAGAGAAACACGGGACUGUCGUUCAACUGCAGGAGGAGGCAGAGCGCCUCAAGAAGCACCAGGAAGAGGCAGACAAAGCAAGGGAGGAGGCUGAGAAAGAGCUUGAAAAGUGGAGGCAAAAAGCCAAUGAAGCCCUUCGUCUAAGGCUCCAGGCAGAGGAAGAAGCCCACAAAAAGACUAUUGCACAGGAAGAGGCUGAAAAACAGAAAGACGAGGCUGAGCGUGAGGCCAAAAAACGGGCCAAAGCUGAAGAGUCUGCCCUGAAACAGAAAGACAUGGCCGAGCAAGAGCUAGAGCGGCAGAGGAAGCUGGCAGACAGCACAGCGCAGCAGAAGCUUUCCGCAGAGCAGGAGCUGAUCCGCUUAAGAGCUGAUUUUGAUCAUGCUGAGCAACAGAGAUCACUGCUUGACAAUGAACUGUACCGUCUAAAGAAUGAGAUUAGUGCUGCAGAGCAGCAGCGGAAGCAGCUUGAAGAUGAGCUUUCCAAAGUUAGAAGUGAAAUGGACAUACUUUUGCAGCUGAAGUCUAAAGCUGAGAAGGAGAGCAUGUCCACCACCGAAAAGAGUAAACAACUCUUGGAGGCUGAAGCUACUAAACUGAGGGAUCUUGCAGAUGAAGCAGCCAAGCUCCGUGCCAUUGCUGAAGAGGCAAAGAGACAGAGACAGGUUGCUGAGGAAGAAGCAGCGAGACAGAGAGCAGAAGCUGAAAGAAUUCUCAAAGAGAAACUUGCUGCCAUUAAUGAGGCCACUCGCUUGAAAACUGAAGCAGAGAUUGCUCUAAAAGAAAAAGAGGCUGAAAAUGAACGCCUGAGAAGGCAAGCUGAGGAUGAGGCUUACCAGAGAAAGGCUCUUGAAGAUCAGGCAAGCCAGCACAAGCAAGACAUUCAUCAGAAGAUCGAACAGCUCAAGAAGUCCUCUGAAAUGGAAUUAGAUAGACAGAAAUCAAUUGUGGAUGACACUCUUAAACAGAAAAGAGUAGUUGAAGAGGAGAUUCGUAUCUUGAAAGUUAACUUUGAGAAGGCUUCAUCUGGCAAGCUUGAUUUGGAGCUUGAACUAAAUAAACUGAAGAAUAUUGCAGAGGAAACACAACAAAGCAAACUGCGAGCUGAGGAGGAAGCUGAGAAGCUGCGCAAGCUUGCCCUUUACGAAGAAAACAGAAGAAGGGAGGCUGAAGAAAAACUGAAAAAGAUUACUGCCGCAGAGCAGGAAGCAGCUCGACAGCGCCAGGCUGCUCAAGAAGAAGUUGAGCGUCUCAAAAAGAAAGCUGAUGAGGCCAGAAAGCAAAAAGAAGAUGCUGAUAAAGAAGCUGAGAGGCAAAUACUUGCUGCCAGAGAAGCUGCUGAGAAAGCAAUUACAGCUGAACAUCAAGUCCACAGUGUUCUUGUUCAGCAGAAAGAGGACAGCCUGGUACAGAAAAGGCUCAAGGAGGAGUUUGAGAAAGCCAAAAAGCUUGCCCAAGAAGCAGAAAAGGCCAAAGAAAAGGCAGAGAAAGAGGCUGCCCUCCUCCGACAACAAGCAGAAGAAGCAGAUCGUCAGCGUCAGGCUGCCGAGGUUGAGGCAGCCAAUCAGGCCAAAGCCCAAGAAGAUGCUGAGAGGCUCAGAAAAGAGGCAGAGCUAGAGGCAGAAAAGCGAGCCCAGGCAGAGGCAGCAGCACUGAAACAAAAACAGCUAGCUGACGAGGAGAUGGCUAGGCAGAAGACACUUGCAGACCAGACACUUAAGCAGAAAUCUCAGGUUGAGCAAGAGCUUGCUAAAGUGAAACUGCGACUGGAUGAGACAGACAAACAGAAGACUCUCCUGGAUGAGGAGCUUCAUCGCCUGAAGGACGAAGUCAGCGAUGCUGUUAAACAGAAAGCCCAGGUAGAGGAGGAACUGUUCAAAGUCAAGAUUCAAAUGGAGGAGCUCAUCAAACUCAAGCUCAGAAUUGAAGAGGAGAACCAACGUCUCAUCCAGAGGGACAAAGAUAAUACUCAAAAAUUCUUAGCCGAGGAGGCUGAGAACAUGAAAAAACUUGCUGAGGAGGCUGCCAGACUCAGUAUUGAGACCCAGGAGGCUGCUCGCAUGAGACAUAUUGCAGAGACUGACCUUGCCGAGCAAAGAGCACUUGCUGAAAAGAUGCUAAAAGAAAAGAUGCAAGCCAUUCAGGAGGCCUCUAAACUUAGAGCAGAGGCAGAAAUGCUACAGAGACAGAAAGACCUUGCUCAAGAGCAAGCUCAAAAGCUGCUUGAAGACAAACAACUGAUGCAGCAACGGCUUGAAGAGGAAACUGAGGGCUUUCAAAAAUCAUUGGAGGCUGAGCGCAGAAGACAGUUGGAGAUAACAGCUGAGGCAGAGAAACUUAGACUUCAGGUGUCCCAGCUCAGUGAUGCCCAGUCUAGAGCUGAGGAGGAAGCCAAGAAAUUUAAGAAGCAGGCAGAUGUGAUUAGCGCCCGACUUCAUGAGACAGAGCUUGCCACCAAAGAGAAAAUUACAGUUGUUGAAACAUUGGAAAUACAGAGAUUGAGGAGUAACAAAGAAGCAGAUGACUUGCGCAGAGCUAUUGCUGAUCUUGAGAACGAGAAGGCAAAAUUGAAAAAAGAGGCUGAAGAGUUACAGAAAAAGUCCAAAGAGAUGGUGAAUGCUCAGCAAGAACAAAUUAAACAGGAGAAAACAAUUCUGCAGCAGACAUUUAUGUCAGAAAAGGAGAUGCUGUUGAAGAAGGAAAAACAAAUUGAGGAUGAAAAGAAGAGGUUGGAGAACCAAUUUGAAGAAGAGGUCAAAAAGUCAAAAGCCCUUAAAGAUGAGCAGGAACGUCAAAGAAAACAAAUGGAGGAUGAAAAGAUUAAACUAAAGGCCACAAUGGAUGCUGCUCUGAUAAAACAGAAAGAGGCUGAACAAGAGAUGCUUAACAAGCAGAAAGAAAUGCAUGAACUUGAGAGGAAGAGGCUUGAACAAGAAAGGAUUCUUGCUGAGGAAAACCAGAAACUGCGUGAGAAACUUCAACAGCUUGAAGUUGCUCAAAAAAUCACCCAGGAGAUUCACAUUCACACAAAAAGCCAAAAAGUCCUCAAUGGUCAAAGUAUUUCUGAUCAAGUUGACAGCACACAUAGUUUCUCUCCAUUAUCAUUUGAUGGCAUUCGUGAGAAGGUGCCUGCAAGUAGACUUUUUGAAAUAGGUAUUUUAAGCGAAAUGGAUUAUGAUAAGCUUCAGAGUGGUGAAACCACAGUCGAAGAACUCAGCCAGACAGACAAACUUAAAACAGUUCUUGAGGGUAAGAACUGCAUCAGUGGCCUGCUUGUUCAUCCAAAUCAAAAAAUGCCCAUCUAUCAAGCCGUCAAGGAGAAGAAGAUUGCUCCUGGGACAGGGCUAGUGCUGUUGGAGGCACAGGCUGCUUCUGGAUACAUAAUAGACCCAGUUAAAAAAAAGAAACUCUCUGUCAAUGAGGCAGUUAAAGAGGGUCUAAUAGGACCUGAACUUCACAACAAGAUGCUGUCUGCAGAGAGAGCUGUCACUGGCUACAAGGAUCCAUACACAGAGGCAAAGAUCUCCCUCUUUGAAGCUAUGAAGAAGGGUCUCAUUGGGGAGGAUCAUGCCAUCAGGUUGCUUGAGGCUCAAAUAGCAACAGGUGGCAUUAUUGAUCCAGUCAAUAGUCAUCGUGUGCCAAAUGAAAUAGCCUAUAAGCAGGGUCAGUUUGAUGUGGCCACCAGUAAAAUCCUACAAAAUCCAACAGAUGAUGUCAAGGGAUUCUAUGACCCAAACACCCAAGAAAAUAUGAUGUACCAGCAACUAAUAGAAAGGUGUGUCACUGAUCCAGAAACAGGGCUCCUUCUUUUGCCCAUUUCUGAGGAGGCUGCUCUAAAUGCCAGGAUAUUCACAGAUGAGGAAACAAGAGAUGUGUUUGACAAGACAACGGUGUCUGUGCCAUUUGGCCGUUUUAAAGGAAAGACUGUGACCAUCUGGGAGAUUAUAAACUCUGAAUACUUCUCUGACGACCAGAAAAAAGAUCUUAUCCGCCAGUACAAAACUGGAAAAAUUACAGUUGAAAAGAUCAUCAGAAUUGUUCUAACUGUGGCAGAGGAAAAAGAGAAAAAGAAUGAACUUGCCUUUGAUGGCCUGAGAGCACCUGUACCUGCUACAAAACUUCUUGAAUCAAAAAUUAUUGACAAAGACCUCUAUAAUAAGUUGCAGAAAGGACAACUGCUUGUAAAAGACGUGUCUGAAAUGGAGAAUGUGCGCAUUGCCUUGAAAGGCACUAAAUGCAUUGCAGGUGUAAUUAUUAACUCAACCAAACAAACAAUGUCCUUUUAUGAUGCUAUGAAAAGAGACAUGAUGAGACCUGGGUCUGCUCUUAAUCUCUUGGAAGCACAAGCUGCCACAGGAUAUGUCAUAGAUCCUGCUAAAAACCAACAACUCACAGUAGAUGAGGCUGUCAAAGCAGGUGUUGUCGGUCCAGAACUUCAUGAAAAACUACUGUCUGCAGAGAGAGCUGUCACAGGCUAUAAAGAUCCUUACACUGGAAAAACAAUUUCUCUGUUUGAGGCUAUGAAGAAAGACUUGAUCAUGAAGGAACAGGGAAUUCGACUGCUUGAUGCACAACUAGCUACUGGAGGCAUCAUUGAUCCUGUUCAAAGUCAUCGCAUUCCACAUGACAUUGCCUGCUUGAAGGGCUGCUGUGAUGAUGCAACUCACAAGUUUUUGACCAGCCCAAGUGAUGAAGUUAAGGGAUACUUUGACCCAAACACUCAGGAAUAUCUCACUUAUCCACAGCUUUAUAAACGAUGUGUGACUGACAAAAAGACUGGCCUUCAGCUUCUGCCUUUGUCUGAACAAGCCAUCAAUGCCAAAGAGGAGAUGAAGUACACUGAUGCACAGACCAAAGACGCAAUGACCCAGGCAGCUGUUGAAGUUCAUAGUGGACCUUUCAAAGGGAGAAAAGUUACCUUAUGGGAGCUAAUUAACUCUGACUAUAUCACUGAAGAGCAAAGGCUCGACCUAAUAAGGCAAUAUAGAUCUGGGAAAAUGACAAUUGAGAAGAUUAUAAAGAUUUUAAUUGAAAUUGUUACUAAGAAAGAUGCCAAGAAACAAGAAGAGGGCUGCUUUAAAGGACUUAGGGCACCAGUUCCAGCCAAGUCACUAUUUGACUCCAAAAUCAUUGACAAGUCUGAUUUUGAUUUGCUGGAACAAGGUAAAAAGUUUCCAAAAGAGGUCAGCAAAAACAAUUCAGUCAACAAGUAUCUCCAAGGCUCUGAGAGCAUUGCUGGAGUUUACCUUGAGCCCACAACAGAGAAAGUUAGCAUCUACGAAGCAAUGAAAAAGAAAUUCCUCAGACAGAGCACUGGCAUUGCUUUGCUUGAAGCUCAAGCUGCCACAGGAUUUAUUGUGGAUCCAUCAAGAAAUGAAUGUCUCACUGUGGAUGAUGCUGUUAAAGCAGGCAUUGUUGGCCCAGAGCUUCAUGAGAAACUUCUCUCUGCUGAAAAAGCUGUCACUGGAUAUAAAGACCCAUUCACAGGCAAUAAGAUCUCCCUUUAUCAAGCCAUGAAGAAAGACCUUAUCCCAAAAGAACAUGCCAUGCCACUCUUGGAGGCCCAGCUGGCAUCUGGUGGAAUUAUUGAUCCAGUAAACAGCCAUCGUAUUCCUGUUGAGACUGCAAUCCAGCGUGGAUAUGUUACCAAACAUCUGGCCAGCAGUAUUGCUGAAAGCAAGUACUUCUCAGACCCUGCAUCUGAUGAAAGCAUAUCAUACAAACAGUUGAAAGACAAGUGCAUGGCCGAUCCUGAUACAGGCUUAAAUCUACUAAAGCUUUCCAAACCACAGGCCCCAACGGUUGUGGAGAAGACGUACCAUUACAGUGAAGAACAAACCCAGAGUGAUCUAUCUAAUACACAGAUUGAUAUACCCAUUGAAGGUCAGGGCUCUAUGUCUCUCUGGGAUGUCAUGAAUUCAAAUCUACUACCUGAAGAUCAGAGGGAUCGGCUUCUAGAAGAAUAUCGCUCUGGCAAUUUAACAAAGGAACGAAUGAUAAUCAUUAUAAUUGAGAUUCUGGAGCAGAAAGAGAUCAUUAAAGGGGGGAGCACCCAGACUGGCAGCAUAAGAAGACGUCAAAUCACUAUUGAAGAUCUGUACAAUUCCCGCAUCAUUGACCUUGAGACCUACAACCUGUUGAAGAAAGAGAAUAAGACUAUGCGUGAUGUCAUGGAGAUGCAAAGUGUUAAGCAGUAUUUGUAUGGAACUGGAAGUGUUGCUGGUGUGGUGACUGAUUCAAAAUCCAAGAUCAGCAUUUAUCAAGCGAUGAAAAGAGAGCUGAUGAAGCCAGACAUUGCAAUUGCCCUCUUGGAGGCUCAAGCAGCCACUGGAUUCAUUAUCGAUCCCAUCAGGAAUGAAAUGCUCACUGUAGAUGAAGCAGUGCGCAAAGGUGUGGUGGGCCCAGAACUUCAUGAUAAGCUCCUGUCUGCAGAGAGAGCAGUCACUGGCUAUAAGGAUCCAUAUAGUGGAAAGGUUGUCUCCCUCUUCCAAGCAAUGAAAAAGGACCUUGUCCCAGAGGACUAUGCCCUAAGGCUUCUUGAAGCUCAGACAGCAACAGGUGGUAUCAUUGAUCCAGAAUAUAACUUCCACUUGCCAAUGGAGAUUGCCACACAACGUGGAUAUAUUAACAAAGAGACAAAUGAAAAGCUCUCAGAUGAGGUUAAAGGAUAUGUUGACCCAUUGAAUGAUGAAAAAGUUUCAUAUUCUCAGCUUCUGAAAAGAUGCAAGUUAGACAAAGAUGGUUUAUAUCUGUUUUCUCUAAGAGACAAAAGUCUGGUCUUCAAAGGUCUCCGAAAAGAAAUUACAAUAGAAGAGUUAUUCCGCUCAAAAAUCAUUGAUGAACAAACAGUCAGAAAACUUAAUGAGGGACUACUAACAGUGGAGGAGGUGAGCAAUAGCUUGCGAAAAUAUAUUGAGGGCUCAAGCUGUAUUGCUGGUGUGUUUGUGGAGUCUACUAAAGACCGUCUAUCUAUCUACCAAGCCAUGAAAAAGAAUAUGAUCAGGCCAGGCACUGCUUUCGAGCUGCUGGAAGCUCAAGCAGCCACGGGUUAUAUCAUUGACCCUAUCAAGAACCUCAAGUUAACUGUAAAUGAAGCAGUCAAGAUGGGAAUCGUCGGCCCGGAGUUCAAAGACAAGCUCCUGUCUGCCGAGAGAGCUGUGACUGGCUAUAGAGAUCCUUAUACAGGCAAAAUGAUCUCACUGUUCCAGGCAAUGAAAAAGGGCCUGAUUUUGAGAGACCAUGGAAUCCGUCUUCUUGAAGCCCAGAUUGCUACUGGAGGAAUCAUUGACCCAGAGCAGAGUCACCGAUUGCCAGUAGAAGUGGCCUACAACCGAGGCUUUUUUGAUGAGGAGAUGAACGAGAUCCUCAGUGACCCAUCAGAUGACACCAAGGGCUUCUUUGACCCAAACACAGAGGAGAAUCUUACCUACCUGCAACUGAUGGAAAGGUGUUUAGAUGACCCAGACACAGGUCUUGUGCUCUUGGUUCUUAAAGAAAAGAAACGUGAGACAAAGGCUUCAUCCAAAUCCUCAGUUCGCAAACGCAGAGUCGUCAUUGUAGAUCCAGACUCAGGCAAAGAAAUGUCUGUGUAUGAAGCCUAUCGCAAAGGGCUAAUUGACCAUCAGACUUACAUUGAACUUUCGGAGCAAGAGUGUGAAUGGGAAGAAAUCACAAUGACAUCAUCAGAAGGGGUAGAGAAGUCUAUACUCAUCGACCGAAGAUCAGGUCGACAGUAUGACAUUGAUGAUGCUAUUGCAAGAGGCCUUAUUGACCAGAGUGCAAUUGAGCAGUACCGCUCCGGGACCCUUUCUAUCACAGAAUUUGCUGAUAUGUUAUCUGGAAACAUGAGUGGCUUUCGUUCCCGAUCAUCUUCCUUUGGAUCCACCUCCUCUUAUCCAAUGAGCCCUAUACCUUCCAUCAAAACACCUGCAACUGUAUGGAAUGAUCCAACUGAGGAGACUGGUCCUGUGGCUGGAAUCCUUGAUACAGAUAGCCUUGAAAAAGUUUCUGUCACUGAAGCCAUUCGUAGGAACUUAGUGGAUUCUAUAACUGGUCAGAGACUGUUGGAGGCUCAGGCUUGCACUGGAGGCAUAAUAGACCCAUCUACUGGAGAGAAAUUCCCGGUUGCCGAAGCAACAGAGAAGGGUCUUAUAGAAAAAAUAAUGGUUGACAGACUCAACUUAGCCCAAAAAGCUUUCCAUGGAUUUGAGGAUCCUCGCACUAAAGUCAAAAUGUCUGCUGCUCAGGCUCUCAAGAAAGGCUGGCUUUACUAUGAGGCAGGGCAACGUUUCCUGGAAGUGCAGUAUCUCACCGGUGGCCUUAUUGAGGCAGAGGUUGAGGGACGAAUCUCCCUAGAGGAGGCAAUCAGGAAAGGUUCUAUUGAUGGCCGUACAGCACAAAAGCUCAGAGAUGUGAGUGCUUACUCAAAAUAUCUCACGUGUCCCAAAACCAAACUGAAGAUCUCUUACAAAGAUGCCAUGGACAGAAGCAUGGUUGAAGAGGGAUCUGGCCUUAGGCUUCUGGAAGCUUCAUCAACAUCCAGUAAAGGUCUCUACAGUCCCUACAAUGUCAGUGGUGCUGCAUCUGCUUCUGGUUCGCGGUCUGGAUCCAGGACAGGCUCUAGGUCAGGUUCAAGAAGAGGGAGCAUUGAUGCUACUGGCUCUGGAUUCACCAUGAACUUCUCCUCAUCCUCAUAUACUUCCUCUGGUUACAGCCGCAGAUUUUAAAGCCGGACCUCACAAUAAACCUAAAACAUGGUCCUGCAGCUUUCAUAUGAGUGCUGACUCUGUACACUACACUUACAUAAUACACAGAAAUUUAUUAGAGAAAAUAAUAAUCACUUUAUUCUUCUUUGCAUGUGUUUGGUAUAGGAAAAUGCAUUCCAAAAACUACCAGUAUAUUUUUGUCUGAUGAUGGUUAUAUUCCCAUUUUAUGUAUUUUGGAUGCUUAAUAGCUAUUACCUGGUUAAUCAAGUUGUCUAUUUUUUGGUUUGGUUGGUUUGGUUGUCUAUUUCAGUUCAUAUAGAUAUUCUUUCUAUUCAUAUUUCUUUUCUUAUUUUAUACUUAGUACAGCAUCUAAAUAAUAAUAAUAAUUAUUAUUAUUUUUAAUCAAACUAAUCAGACUGUAUUUAAUAUCACUUAUUAUUGCUUUUUUAUGUGAUAUUUUAGGAAAUUCUUUUUAUACUUUGGUUCAUUUCAGGAUAAUGUACCAGAAAAUAUACCAGGUUUUACAAAAAAAAUAAUUUGAUUAACAAAGCGUGUGAUUAUGUUACAUAUUUGUAUAGAUUUGAUAGAUGGAUAUAUUAGAGGCUGCUAGCCAUCCUAGCAAAUAAAAGUUGCAGCUUGUUUCACAGAAUGU